ACAGGCUAUAUAAACACAAGUCACAGAGCAUUAUUACCCAGUUUCAUAUUGUCAGUCUUAAUAUUGUUGGCAAUUGUGCUAGUCAGUAGAUGUGGAGAAGCGCGGAAAUGGGACUACGAACCAGUAUCGAUCAUCGCCUCAUCUUCGGACGACAGUCUAAUAAAGAUAGAGCCCAGUAUUGUUCGCUUAGGGCGUGGAAAGUUUGGAGUAUCAGUCCUGGUGGAGUGGAACUAUGACACCACUGAUGAGACGAUGGUGGGAAAAUGUAUUGAGGGUUCGGGAGAUGAGUCCGACUACAAGCUGCUCCCUUGGGCCAUUCCUAUGCAAUCCUUUUACGACUAUCUCAACACCUACUACAAGGAUGUGAUAAUGAAGAACUUUGCUCCCUGCUGCAAUGUGCCGCAGUUCGAGGACAAAUUCCAACCGCCUUGGCCGAAACAAACGUAUAUCGGUGACAAAUGCGUCAUUGAAGGCGAAGGAUUGCCGGAUAUCGUGCCACCUGGAUUCUACAAGAUUAUAUUUAAUUGUACUGGACCUGAUCAGCCAUAAAUUUUUAAAAUAAUAAAUAAAAUGUUUUAG